AUGGCAGUGAACGGCGAACCUCAAUCUCAGUCUCGCGCCAGUCGCGCCUAUUCCUUUGGCCAGCGUCAGGUCGAUCGCGUAAUCAGUCCACAGAGCCGAGAGAGGUCCUACGAUGCGGUGAACCAGUUUGCUACAACCAGGCCCAUUCUAUUCGCCUUUAUUGUCUCGCAGAUACUCUUUUCCACUCUGCCUCUCGCCCUCUUCAUCUCCUUCUCGCUCUCGACCGCCGCCUUUGCCAUUGCCUCCGCGACCCUCUUCUCCGUCUUCUGGAUUGGCGUCGGCCUUUUGGUUCUUUGCCCGAUUCUGUUCAUCACCUCGGGCAUCGCCAUCCUUGUUUGGGCAUGGGCUAUCGUGACAUUUCUCGUGGGCCGUAAAGUCUACCAGAUGCUCCCGGUCAGCAUGCAGGGCGACAUGCAGGUCAAGAUGCCCAAUGGCAAAAAGGUCAUCUUCCAAAAGGAGCGAAGCAACGAUUCCAACGGCCUAGGCUUUGAUAACAUCGACAUCAAGGAGGAGAUUGCGGAGGUCAAGGAGUAG